AAACACCCCAUUCAUAUCGAUUUUGACACGUUUUUACAUUUUUCGUUCUGCCAAUUCAGGCAUAACUACUGUCCUCAUCCUAUAAGCAACAUUAUUCUUUAUUAUUAUUAUUCUUGCUGUGUUUUUCUGGAAGAUUUUUCAUUGUGGUGAAAAGUGUCUUAGUACCAUUUAUUAGAUGGUUCCAGAUGUAGCAGCAAUUACGUCUGUGGGAAGACCUGCAGAUUUUUCAUUCAGACAUUUGAAGUACAUCGAUGUAACAGCAUUCCUGCGUGAUAUCGGUAUGGAGGGGGCAAGAUAUACCAGGGUGAAUGGUGUCCCAGAGAGAAGUCAGAUUAACAAGAAAUUCAUCACGAGGUCAAUAUGGCUGAACAACAACAGACUGAGGAACUUCAAGAAUCUGGACAAGUUUGUUGAAGGAGUUUUGGAAAGACCUAAUAUGCUUGGUUGGAUCGAUCUUUCUUUCAACCAUAUAACGGAAAUAGAUGAGUGCCUUUUGACGUUCAAAUCGUUGAAAAUUUUGUACUUGCAUGGCAACUGCAUAUCCGACAUAGAACAAAUAACCAAAUUGAGGAAAAUGAAACAAUUGAGGAGUCUCACUCUACAUGGAAAUCCCAUAGCAAAUCUCAAGAAUUAUAGGAAUUAUGUUAUCGUAGUACUGAAACAGCUAGCAAAUCUGGAUUUCGCAUCUGUAAUACCCACCGAAAGGAAUUUGAUUCCAUCAAUCGAAGCUACUAAAGUACUGAAGGAAAUAACUAAGGAAGAAAAAUCAGUGAAAUGAAUUUAUAUGUCAUACCUAUAUCUGAUCUACGUCGUACCUGAAGAAUAAAAAAUAUAUAUAUAAUUUUUAUGUGGGUAAUAUAAUGUAUUUUUAUGAUGUUAUUAUAUCACAUCUUUUCGA